AUGUAUUGUGUACUUUUCUUGCAUCAAACAAAUGUUGGUAAAGGUUCUCACGUAGAACUAGGCAAACUUGUAACCAAACCUCUUAUUAAAUUAAAAGAUGCAUUAGAAUCUUUAAAAAAUCAUGCCAACUUAAAUUUCCAUAAAACUGCAAUGUUAAAUGCCGAUAAUGUAAUUAAAAUUCAUAACAAGGAACAGGAUAAUGUAUAUGUGCAAUUAAAUACUAAGAAAAAGCAAGACAUUCUAAAAAAUCGUUCAUCUUUGAAACCUAUUAUUCAGACUAUUCGAUUGUGCGGAAGGCAACAGAUUGCAUUAAGAGGGCAUACAGACUCUGGACGAAUUGAAAUGAAUGAACCUACUGAGAAUGAUGGAAAUUUUCGUUGUCUCCUACGAUUUAGAGCCAAUAAUGGUGAUAUAGUUUUAAAAGAGCAUCUAGAAAUGAGUGAUUUGAAUGCUAUAUAUACAAGUCCUCAAAUCCAAAAUGAAAUAAUUACUAUUUUUGGAGAACUAAUUCAAUCUGAAAUAGUUAAACAAAUAUCAAAAUCCAGUUUUUUUUCUGUUCUCGCCGACGAGACAACUGAUAUUAGUCAAUGUUGA